CCCGCCUCCGCCUCGUCGCCGUCGCCGGCCAGCCAUCCGGCUAGGGUUGCGUCCGCCCCCGCCCGCCGCUUGCCUCGCGGGCCGUGCAGUGCAAAAUGCGUCGGUAUGAUGACCUGUCUGACCGCUAUGAUCGGCAUGGUCAGAACACCAAGUUGUAUGUGGGCCGUCUUUCUCAACGAACAAGGAGAGAGGAUCUGGAGAACCUGUUCAGCAGAUAUGGGAGGGUGCGACAUGUGAAUCUGAAGCACGACUAUGGCUUUGUUGAGUUUAGUGAUCCCAGGGAUGCAAAUGAUGCGAGGCGUGAUCUUAAUGGCCGAGAGUUUGAUGGGAGCUACAUCAUUGUUCAGUUUGCAAAAGGGGUCGAACGUGGUCCAGGAGGUUCUCGUGAAUAUACAGCCAGAGGACCCGCUAAUGGUUCUGACCGCUGCUUCAACUGUGGAGAGAGGGGCCAUAUAAUAAGGGAAUGCAAGAACAGCCCCAAGGAUCUCAAGCAAGAGAGAGGCUACUCAAGGUCCCCAUCACCUCGUCGCAGACGGAGCCCAAGCUAUGGCAAGAGUGGACCCCCUUCACAUUGGGAUGGCCAUGGUGCUGAUCGUGAUGAAAAGGUUUAUUCAAGAAGGGAUGACCCCAGUUACAGCCGCAGCCCUCGACGGUAUGAUUCAGCUUCCAAUCAGAGAAACCACAGCCCGAGGCGCCAUGCUUUGCCCUCCAAUGAGAGAGACUAUGGCCCUAGGCGCUACGCCUCGCCUCCUAACGAGAGAGGCCGCAGCCCUAGGGGCAAUGCUUUGCCUCCCAAUGGGAGAAACCGCAACCUCACAUCAGAUGGCAUGAACCCUCCACCAAGGGAAAGAGAUGAUCAGAAUGGGAGCCACAGGAGAGGUGACAGAGACAACCUAGCCCGCGAUACCCGUGCAGGCCCAAGCCCCCGGGACCGUUGAUGAGAAACAGUUCCAUAGCCAUGAAAUUGCAACAAAUUUUGGGGUUGAGACUUUUGGAACGAACUCUCUUCGAUGGUAAAUAUAUGAUGACUCUGUUUGACUGUUGAGACAUGAGAUUUCUGGCUGGCUAAUUUUGAUCGCACUCUGUUGACUGUAGUGUAACUUCACCUGCAGUUACCAAACUAUUCAUGGCCUGAUAUUGGUGUGGGAUAAUGAAGAUUUUAUCAGUUAGUCGCUGUCAGAGAAAUCCUUCUUUGUAUGCUUAUGCGUAGUCUUGAUUGGCUGUCAUCGGUAAUGAGAUGUUACAUCAAAAUGGUCAGAUUUUUCGGAAUUGAGGAAGCGGGCUAUUCACUAGCAGAAGCUGCAGCCUGGAAUUGGAAUUGAGCUCAGUUUCGUAUUUAUUUUUGUGUUGUAUUUUGCCCAUCAGAUGCAACAUUAAGCGACUAAACAUCAUGAUGAUACGUGUAUCUCUACCAGUCAGUCUGUAGUUCCGCAGAAAUAAAUUGGCAGAAGUAACGAAAUAAGGUAAAAUAAAGCAUCACAA